CCUUGAAUCUCGUCGGCAAUAUGGAAGAAAGGAGGUCCCUCUAUGAUGUGCUUAAAGGGAAUUUAGCGGCAGCUGGAAGAAGGACCUUUCUACAUCGUUUGAUUUAUAUUGGGCGCCAUACCUUUGAAGAGCAGCAAGCUGUUACACAAUUCUAUGAGACAACAAUAAAAGUAAUUAAUGAUGGAUACUGUGAUGAGCCACUUACUGGAUUGUUCCUGUGGUACAAUGAAUAUUUCGUCCAUUCUCUUGAGGGAUCAGAAGAAACACUGAACAGACACCUGCAGCUGUUACUGGAACAAAUAGAGACUGGAGUAAUUGCAAUCAGUGCUAUGAAGGUUAUUCUUGUGUCUUACCAUAUUAAACAGAGAUUCUUUCAACAAUGGAUUUCAAGGCCAGUACAUGCCCAUACUUUACCAGAGCGUAUCUCACCAGAUAGUGAUAUGGACAAAACUGCACAACUGCUACAAACAUUUAUUGGGAAACUGUAUCAGCUUGCUGAAUUACUCCAAAAGCAGACAGCAAGUGGACUACAACUCAUCCUAGAUCAUUUGUCUGAACGUGUUCCGCAACUACUACCAGAAACAGAACUUAUGGAAUUCCUACUCUCUGUCUCAUGGCUCCAUGAUCCUCAAUAUCUUGUUUCUCAUUUUGCGUCUUUACCACACACUGAUAUUGAUACAGAACUUGAGUUACCGGCAUCCACAGAUUUUGUUCCAUAUAAUGUGUUCUUUACUUUACCUGAACCACAAGAUUAACAGGAACUGUGAGAGCAUGUUUCACUGAGCUUUAAAUCAUAGAUAAUGAUGACAAAGACAUUUUUGGUGCACUAAAAGAAAUUGAGUUACCAGCAUCCACAGGUCCCGUCCCACAUAAUGUGUCCUUCGCUGCAUCUGAAGCACAGGAUUAAGAGCUGUUUUGAUAGAGUAUAUCUCUGCACUUUAGAUUGUUAAUUUUGAUAGCAAAGAUGUUUGUGGUGCAUUAAAAGAUAAGAGCUCAAGUAUAAGAAUGGAUAAAUCAUCUUUAACUGUGGAAAUAUUUCUCUUUAAAAUGCAAAUAAAGUGUUAUUGCAGUCAACUGACAAUUCACCUGCCAUGGUGUCAUAUUUGUUAGGUACAUUUAUUUUUUGCAAUGACUUCACUGUCCUGACUGUUGUGUACCUCAUAAAUGUCACUGAUGCAUAACAGAAAUAAAAAGAUAUAAAAAUACACAAAGAAGAUU